CCCCCCCCCAAAAAAAAAAAAAACACUAAGCACUCCACAUACAGCCAUGUCGUCGUUCAACACGAAACUAGUCGUCUUUGGCUUCACCUUGGCCUUGCUCGUCGCGUCACAUGUUGUGACAGCAUCGUUCUGCGAAGAGACGACGGCGAUCUCUUGCAGCUCCAGCAACGACAUCUGUGAGACCACCUGUCUGAACAGGACAGGUAGUGGCCGCUACAUCGGUGGCUACUGCUCCAGCGACAGCGUAUGCAUAUGUAGGAAGACCUGUGGUGGUGGGCCGUCGUCGUCGUCGACGGCGCCGCGGGACAAGCCAGCGACGGCGACGACGUCGGGACGGCGUGGGAUGAGAGUUCUCAACUGAUUCAGUGGCACUGGAUUGGCUAGC